CUACAUCAUGCAGAAGAUGAAAUAACAUGCAAUUUAUCAAUGUCCUCACAGACAACUCAAGCAUCAACUCAAUGUUCAAGAAGACGCUGGGCGCCACCUAGGCGAGGAGGCACCGCCCAGCGCCCAGGCCGAUUAGUCGUUGCCUAGGCGAGAUUAAACGUCGAAAAAAAUAUAUGAUAAAUAUGUAAGUUUAGAGUGCAAGAUCAAACAUAACAUUCAUAAGUUCACUAAUUUGCAGCCCCUGUCAAAUGCCAAUUCUUAUUCUCUAUAUCAUCUAAAGCCUAAAGAUGAAAAGAAGCUCUCUGAUCACUGGCGAUGCUCUCUUCGCAAUCCGAGGACAGGGGAGGAAACGAUGCUCUCUUCACAAUCCGAAGACGAGAACCCAUUAUUGUUGGAGUCGAUUCCUCUUAUGGGUUCGUCUUCAAUCGAAAGAGAAAGAAGAGUUAGUACCUUCAAUGCUACAGACCGACGGCGAGGACGAGUCACGGCUGGGCACUGGCGAUGCUGGAGACCGACGGCGAGGAUGAGUCACGACUGGGCACUGGCGAUGGUGGAGACCGACGGCGAGGACGAGGCGCGAUUGGCUAUGAUGGAGACCCACGGCGCGCGAUUCUGGAGACUGGCGGAGAGGACGCUGCAGCCGGCGACGAAGCCCCCUGCUGGAGGCGGUCGACUGUUGGAGACGGCUGGAGCGGUCGACUGUUGGAGAGAAGGGAGAGAGGUGACGAAGGAGAGAGGCGGUCGACUGUGGGUGCUACUCAGCUGAUCGAAGAACCCAUUAGGGUUUUCCCCUAUUCGGCCCAUCCAAAACGCACAGCAUGGUCUUCUUCUUUUUUUAUUUUAUUUUUUCUGGGCGUCGCCUAGAGCUUGGAAUCGCCGAUCCAAGCUAUUAUUCGCCGCCUAGGCGUUCUUCAACGCGAUUACGCGUUUAUUGCGCCCAGCCACUUCGCCCAGGCUUCCUCUCCACGUUUCCUCCUCGCCUAGCUACUAAACGCGCCUAGGCGAGCGCCUAGGCGAGUGUUCUUGAACACUGCAUCAACUAGCACAUCUAGGAUGUGUAACAUAAAAUGCUUGAUGAGUUAAAGAACAUACAAAUUGAAGUGAUAAUACAGAGAUGGCAUUGGGCUUGAACGCCAAUCUACAUUUUUACCAUCUAGGACACACCUCAGUCACAACAAAGAAUGUAAACACUCGAGUUCACAACUAGAUCUUUCCUCCGGCCAUAAGGUUCCUCAUCCUGUCCUAGAUUCACACCCCAACAGAAAUUUAACUGAUGCUGGACUACCGAUCAUUCGAAUAACGGCUAGGCAUGUGAAUCCUUCAGGAACUUAGAAGAGAGCAUUGCAAAAGCCAACCAACAGAUUUCAACUGAAGUGCUUGACAGUUCAGAAACAAUCAAACUCUAGUUGUCAGUCAAAAAUACGAAUUCAGUAUCGCAUGCAACUAACUUCAAGAGGCCUAAGACAACCUUAAUGGCACAAACUACUGUUAUAGCCAACAGCAACCACAUGCUCCAGCUACGUUUAAAUUUUCCAAGUCGCUCAUGCUCUAAUACCCCUUAAGUUUUCUAAUUCCCACUUUUCGCGCAUGACUUAGCUAACCAACCCCUACAAUAUCCUCAAAAUCCCAGAGACCAAAAGAAGAGAACUUUUCAAUGAAGAGAAGGUUCUGAGAGAGAACAAGGACGCAGGGUCAAUUUGUCGGCAGCAGCAGAUCUCAGUAAUAGAAAAUGAGAGGAGUGGGGAUAAUCAGAUAGAGGGAGUGUUGUAAAAACAGUGGAACUCACCAUAUCCUGUCGUCUCGGUUGAUUGGAGGCGGAGGAAUUCGGGGUUGCGCAGUGCAAAGGCGACCGUAGAUUACGCUGGAUUCCUCCGACGAACGGUACAGUAGUUCAGUUCUGUUCUGUUCCGUUUCUGUGGUGCUCGAACGAAAGAAAACUCUCGUGGAGGAGAAAGAGGGAUUUUUUUCCCCAUUUUCCGCCUGCCCUAGCCCUACCCUUGCAGAAACGGUACGUUUAUUUUGAGUUAUUUUUUAAGGUAACAUUCAGAUACGGGCCAACUUGGUUAGGCCUAGAAGCAAGAACCUACUUCGUUCCAAAUCGAAACGUGUCGGCUCAAAUUGAAUUUUGAUUUCGACUCUCGUAAUUAAAAUUUACUUCAAUCUGAUUUUGAAAUUUUUUGGAAACAAACAAGUAAACGAAAUGAAUUGACUAGAUUCAA